GAAACUCCCAGUGGGGUGCUGGCUCCUCCCCUUCCCUCAGAAGACUUUCCCUUUCUUUCCAGUCUUCUUCCUUGGAUAACAGGUUGUUCUUACGUGAUAGGGUCAAAAGAGCUGUUUUUGCCUCAACCACAAAAUUCUCUGGAAUUCUCUUCAGGGACGACUCAACCCUAUAAAAGGGACUCCAGUGGAGUCAGGAGGAACUUGGGAGGACACUGUGAAGGGCCCCGCUCGUGGCACCAUGAAGAGCCUUCCUGUUGGCUUUCUUGUUCUCCUGAUCUUCAUCCUGAGUGUCCAUCUCGGAGUUGCCACACGUGGCAGCAAUGUGGCCAAGUUCUGCUGUUUCCAAUAUAGCCACAAGAUCCUUCCUUGGAAGUGGGUGCAUUCCUAUAAAUUCACCAGGAACAGCUGCUCCCAGCGGGCUGUGAUAUUCGUUACCAAAAAAGGCCAUAAAGUCUGUGCACAGCCAAAGGAAAAAUGGGUGCAAAGAUACAUUUCUUUACUCAGAGCACAGCAGCAAAUGUGACCUGUUGAACCUUCAGCCCCAGGGUACCCGGACCCUGCUCUUGAGAUUGCUAUCCUUAGUGGAUGGAGCCUGGAGAUUUUCUUCAGCAGGAGGCCCCAGG